GCUUUCUGCUUCUUAUCCUUCACCACAUACGACGAGUCCAUUGCAAGUUGAGGGUUGGGUCUGGAUGCGCGUUGAUCUACCCGCACUCUCCUUUUUAAUGUCCUGCCAUCGCCGGUUCAACGACGACUUUCUUCUCUCCCUUCUCAACUCCAACUCGUGUGAUCUUAUCUUUAUUUGUCCGGUCUGACCUGUCUCGCUGGACGUCUCUUUCCUUGUUCCACUCCGGUCUUGUUCAUACCAAAGACUCUCAUUACAAGCACUAUCAUCGCCGCUGCCGAGGCCUUCAUUGAUCUACCCGUGGCUUCUCGUGCUCCAGACUUCAACUCUUUAUAAACAUAUUAUAAUCAGAUUUAUCAUACUCAACCAUGUCUUUGAUUCACUCCGACAACCUGGCUCCUCAGCCAUGGACCGAUAUCUUCACCGAGGAUACCUGCAUCGAUAGACGACAGUGCCACCGGACGGUGCCGAUGAAGGUGCUUGCUCUGGGUGUGGGUAGAACGGGAACAGCUUCCCUCCGCAAGGCCCUUGAGCGCCUUGGCUACAUGAAGACCUACCACAUGAUGUCCGCCAGCAUGGAGAACCCGCCAGACUGCUUGAUGUGGCACGAUGCUCUGACGGCCAAGUACGACGGCGUGGGUGAGUUCGGUAGAAAGGAGUGGGAUCAGCUUCUGGGUGACUGCCAGGCCGUCUGCGACUGGCCUGCCUGCGCCUUUGCUAAGGAGCUGAUUGAGGCUUACCCUAACGCCAAGGUCAUUCUGACCACCCGUGAGGUCGAGUCUUGGCACGCUUCCGUGAUGAAGACCGUUUGGUGGCGUGUGUCGGAUCCCGAGCACCGAUUCGUCUCGAACUUCAGCUGGGCCGCCAGCAUGUACUACCCCAUGCUCAACAAGUUCUUCCAGACCUUCUUCCGGGGAGACUUCCCCAACCAGGGCAAGCAGGUGUACCUCGACCACGUGGAGGAGGUCCGCAGCCUGGUGCCCCCGGAGAGACUGCUCGAGUACCAGAUCGGCGAGGGCUGGGGCCCGCUCUGCGAAUUCCUGGGCGAGGAGGUGCCUGACACCCCCUUCCCUCGCGGCAACGACAUGGCCGACUUCUUCAAGCGCUGCCGCUCCCGCAACAGGCGCCAGAUGCUGAACGCCGCCCUCCAGGCAUUCACUAUGGGUGGAGCUAUCCUGGCCACCGGCUUGGCUGCUACCAUGGCCUUCAAGCGCUUCUCUCGGUAGAGGGGAUUUUGUUUAUUUGCGUCUUCCGCCUGUCGCGUGCGCUGGCCGCCGAUCGCCGCAGGUUUUUGUUCUGUGUGUUUUGAUUAUCAGAUACCGAUGAGCGUACCGACCCUCAGAUCCAGGGUUGGAUUAUUAUUAUAAUGCGUGAUUCUAUCACUUGUGAGAAUCUCUGUUUGGUUUGUGUUGGGCAAUGGUGGGACUUUUAUGUACGGAUUGAUUAGACGGAUAUUGGCAAGGAAAAGCAUUGGGCGGAUGGCACUUUUGGUUUUCGCUCAAUUAUGAAGGCAGUAGUACCUUAUCAUUCAACGCUGAUAUUACCUGGCGCCAAUCGGAAUGGAAU